CCUGCGUCACAGGGAAGUCCCCAUAAGAUCCGAGCGCGGGCCCGCCUUGGUGCCCGGACUGCAGAGGGUGUCUGGCGCGCUGCGAAUCGUGUCUCCCUUGCGCUCCGCCCGCCCGCUCCGGCCAGUGCUUCCCGCGUGCAGCUCGCGGCAGCAGACCCGAGGCGCUCGAACCCGGGCCCUGAGAUCACUGGGGUACUGUCGCGGAGCCCCCGUCCGGUCUUGCGGAGAUGCCUGGGAAGAAGGCGCGUAAGAACGCGCAGCCGAGCCCUUCGCGGGCCCCGGCAGAGCUUGCAGUUGAGUGUGCCAUUCAGCUCAGAAGGAUUGGAGACAAACUGAAUUUCCGGCAGAAACUUCUGAAUCUGAUAUCCAAACUCUUCCGCUUGGGAACCUGACUGCUUCAGUAGUUUUCGAAUGAGGAGAUUCCUUUAAAAUAGAAGGUUCCCCAGGAGGUGCAAAUUUCAUCAAUUAGAGAGAGAUUACCUUGUAACGGAGAGAACAGGAAGGAGCUCUCACUUGCAUUCGGAUGCGUUUGGAAAUGAAGAUGGAUUACAUAAAAAAUGAAUUUCUGUUGGACGGUUCCUAGAAGUCAGUCUCUUGGGAUAUGAGAACAUUAUAAAACCACUUUGCUUAUUUUAAAGUAAGAAUGGAAGAGCUUCGAAAAUAGAGAAUUAAUUAUACAUUUAAUUUUGCUUAGUGAAUUAUUCUAGCAUUUUUGCAGAAGGUUGCUGCCCAGCCUAAUGUUAGAGGAGUUGACAAAUGUUAGACUGUGGGCAGGGGCCAAGGAACAGAAUAUAUUCAGAGUUUGUUUCUACUUUCGGAUGAUGACUCCAGAACGAUGUAUAUUUGGUUUAUAUGUAUUAUUUGUUAGAAGUAAAAAAUUCCAUUUUGAGAACACUGAAUGUCAUAGUGAAUGUUGAUUUUAUAGGUCACUACAAAAUAUAAAAUCAUUUGAUAGUUUCUUUUGACUCAAAAUGUAUUGCUUCUUUUUAGAUGACCUUUCAUUAAAUGUGUUUCUGUAGACUUUAACUGGAAAGUAUGUACUUUUGAACAAAUUUGAUAGAAGUAUAGAAGUGUUACUUGGUACCAGUAAAAUUCUUCUAGGUUGAACAUUUAAAGACAGUGAGCAUAGGGAUAUUGUGUUAUCCAGAAUAAUGAAAGAAAAGUAACUUAGGCUUUUUACUGCUGUAAUUUUAGUAAAUUUAGUAAAAUUUAGUUAAGGAUUUUGAAGUAACUGUUGGUAGGAAAAUGAAUGUGUUUCUAAAAUCUGUAAAAUGCCCUUUGUUAUAUUAGUCAGUGUAUGACCUAUAAGAAGUUACCUUUUGAGAGAACUUAAGCAUGGGUUUCAUAACUGGGAUAUGCUUUUUUAAAAAAGAGGAACAGAUUGCUCAUCCAGAAUGAAAAUCCCAUUUAUAUACAUGAAAUAUAUAUAUAGACAUAUCUAUAGCUAUAUAUAUAAUAUCUGCAUAUUCCUCUAAUGCAAGUUGCAUAGAGUAAUAUGUAGAUUUUGAGAAGGAUUUGUUGAAUUUCAUUGUUUUAUUAUUGAAAGAUCAGGCUAACAACAAAGCCCCCAAGUAUGUAAAGUAAGAAAUAAUAAUGUCUUAAUUGAAUUUCAAUAGGAAUAAUCUUAUUUAUUUUAACCUAUUUAUGAUUAAAAUAUUUUUUGUCUAUUUGAAAAUGUGUGUUAAAGUUGCAUUUUGGGAAUUAUGAGUCAAGGGUUUCAUAACUACUUGAACUCUUAGGGUAAUAGUGUUUUAAUAUAGGCUAUAGUCACUUUAGAUGAAAUUUACCUCAGCUUUGUUUUUUGUUUUUUUUUUCAGUAUUAAUGCUGUUAGUUUAUUUAGUUGCAAAGAUUUUUUUUUUGUCUGCCUAGAGGCAGGUAUUUUGCCAUCUGGAUAUUUAUGGUCUAUAACUGUAUUUAUACAUAUAUAUAUAUGCAUCUAAAACCAUACUGUAGCUUUAAACUAUUAAAAAUUACCA